CAGUGAAAAUGUCCUCCCUACAAAUAACAACAGUGUCAAUAGCUGAUGAGUGCAAGAAGACUGGUAUCAAAAAAGAAGAUAUUAAAAAUCUUAGGGAUUGGCUGAAAACACAGCCUCACUUACCCCACGACUUAAUAACAGACUUGGACCUUUUACUUGCGUUCCAUGCUUGCAACCAAAGUUUUGGUGUGACGAAGGAUGUCAUAGAUUUACAUUAUACAUUACGAACGAUGUUUAGUAACUUUUUCCACAACAGGAGAGUGGAUGAUCCUCGUGUAUUGAAGGCUUUAGACGUUACAUUGGCAACGCCUUUAGAAGUUAUUUCACACGAAGGCUACACGGUGUCUUACCACUGUUUACUGGACUACGACGCAAAAGUGUUUGUGCUCACCGAUGUUAUUAGGGCUGCAGUAAUGUUGUUGGACCUUUAUCAGUACGAGUACGGUACGUGCUCUGGCCUGAGUCUAAUAAUUGAUUUACAUGGCGUCACACUUUCCCAUUUAGGGAAAUUGGACAUCGUUGUUGUGCAGCAAUUCCUAUAUUAUUUGCAGGAAGCAAUGUUCCUAAAGUUAAAAGAGGUGCAUUUAUUAAACGCACCGUCGUUCGUAGACAAACUAAUGUUUAUAUUGAAACCGUUUAUGAAGAAGGAACUUUUAGACUCAGUGAGGAUUCACGUAAAGGGUUCUUCAACGCUUGAGUCAUAUGUACCGAUGAUUGGAUUACCAAAGGAUGCUGGAGGACAGUUCAAGAGUUGUAAAGAAAUUAGAGAGGAGACGUUAGCUAAAUUAAUGGAUAAUGCAGAUUUCUUCUUGAAGAUGAACGACAAAAGAGUAACGGAAUCGUUGCGUCCAGGGAAAGGGAUGGACUUGUCUAUAUUCGGAAGUGUUGAAGGAUCUUUUAAGAAGUUGGAUAUUGAUUAA